GGGAGAGAGAGAGAGAGAGAGAGAGAGAGAAGGAGGCUGGUACAAACUUCAGUCUGAGACGUUUCAUCUCUUGAGACACAAACUGUUCUCUCAUCAGUUCAGUGCUGAUCUGACUCUCUCAGUUCAACUGGACAAACUCCUCUGUUCCUUCAUCAUCGUCUAUUCAACUAUCUCUCUCUCUCUCUCUCUCUCUCUCUCUCUCUCUCUCUCUCUCUCUCUCUGCUGAGAAUCUGAAUCCCUCUCGACCUCGGUUGGGCUUUGGACACUUGUGGUUGUACCGCGGGACUCAAACUGGUGACUAAACAACAGCCGAAACAACUUGAAGAACCUUUUACAAACACAUCAUAAAGCAAACUUCUGCUGCCACCGGCUGCUGAGGAUCAGUGGAAGGGGAAAAAGGUGCCUUGCUCAACGGGACUUCAACAGCAGCUGCUGAGGAAGACGAGAGCACCGACUUUGCAGAGACUUUCUGUUCCAGUAGUUCUGCGGCUCCCUGCCUCUGCUUCUUAAAACAGGUGAAUCUGGUUCCUGAGUCCUGCUGAGAGAUCAUCGGUUGGGAAGUGAAAAAAGAAAACCUGUGCUGAUCUAUAAUCAAACAUGGCCGACUGGAGCCUACUGGGAAACUUCCUGGAGGAAGUACAGGAGCAUUCUACCUCUGUUGGCAAAGUGUGGCUGACCAUCCUGUUUAUCUUCCGCAUCCUGGUACUGGGCACGGCCGCUGAGUCGUCCUGGGGAGAUGAGCAGGAGGAUUUCAACUGCGACACCGAACAGCCAGGAUGUGAGAACGUGUGUUACGACCGAGCGUUCCCCAUCGCACACAUACGAUACUGGGUGCUCCAGAUCGUGUUUGUGUCCACGCCCAGUCUCAUCUACAUGGGCCACGCUAUGCACACCGUCCGCAGGGAGGAGAAGAGGAGGAGCCGGGAGGAUGAGGAGGAAGAUGAAAGUGAUGGAGACGAGGACCCGGGAGGGGGCGAAGGAGGAGGAAGAGAGAAGCACGGGGGUCGAGGAGAGAAGGACGACGAUAAGGACAAGAGAGACAGUCCGCUGACGGGUCGGGUUCGUCUGAGGGGAGCUCUGCUGCAGACGUACAUCCUGAGUAUUCUGAUACGAAGCGUCAUGGAGGUGGUGUUUCUGUGUCUCCAGUACUUCUUGUAUGGAAUCUUCCUUCAUCCUCUGUAUGUCUGCAAGGCGUGGCCAUGUCCUCACCCUGUGAACUGUUACGUGUCCCGACCGACAGAGAAGAACGUCUUCAUCGUGUUCAUGCUGGCGGUGUCGGCCGUCUCUCUGGCCCUCAGCGUGCUGGAGCUGCAUCACCUGGCGUGGAGACACUGCUGCAGGCAGAUGUACUACGCGAGGAAGGCCAUCACUCCAGCUAAGACCUCUCUGGCCCGACAGCUCUCUCUGUCUCCUCCACCGCCGUCACCCCCUCUUCCAGACUUCACCCAGUGUAUGAUCGGUUCCUCUCACUUCCUGCCGAUGCCCUUCCCAACCCACCGCCUGGCCAACCAACAGAACUCAGAGAACAUGGCCACGGAGAAGAACAAGAUAGCUGCCGCGGUGGAGGAGGUGAACCUGCUCCAGAUGAGCUGCUACUCGCCCGGGUGGCAGACGGCGAGCACACCUCAGAGCCAAGAUGGAGGCUACCUGAGGGCCAACACUGAAUGCUACGGCCCCGGGAGCAGGGACAUGAGCUGCCCUCAGACACAGAGCGGCGGGCCGGAGGGGCUGCUGCUCUGCUCCAACGGAGGGCUCUGCCAGAAAGACAGACGCAGGUUCAGUAAAACCAGCGGAACAAGCAGCCGGACGAGAGCGGACGACCUCUCUGUUUAGAGAACAGCAACUGAGACAGACAAAUUCAACUACUCAUAAAAACAACAGAUAUAUUUUACCCUUUUUAACCUGCUGCCAUGCUGAUCAUACACUAGCUUCUCAACCAAAACAGCUGGAGGAGUCAGAACCUUCCUGUUUCAACAUGAACAUGUUUGCAUGAAGUUUUUCUACUAUUGGACCUUGUGCUGCCAUCGAAGUCCGAGACAAACCUGAAACCAAACAGAAACCUACAGAUGUUUGACAGAAGAAACAUUAAGAUUGUUUCUAACAAUGUGCACAGACUUGGACGACCUGGAAAAUAUGAAAAUCAACAGGUUGAGAUCCUGGAUGGAGACUGUGGACAAGAUGAGACACAUGAUUCCUCCUCCUUCUCUACCCAAAUGUCGUCAUUGGGAAACAUACAAGUGACUUAAUCUGAAGACCUAGGUUUUGAACAUCACCCACAGUGUUUGACUUGAUCUGCUCAUUGUCUGCACCAGCGGAGCCAGACUGGGACAGACCUGGUCCAACCAGAUCUCCAGUGUUAAAGAACCACAGAAAACUCUAAUGUCAGUAAGUUGGUCAUUACAGAAAGUGAGAUUUAAACUGGGCUGUAAUCACGAUCAACCAUCAGGUGCUGUGGUCUCCUGAUAUUUCCCUGAAGCAAAGCUGCUCUGCUGCGUCAUUUACCUGAGAAGAAUCAUAUGAUUCAUGAGAAAGGCUUCUGGACACAUGUUAAUAUCUAGAGUUACGUCCUCAUCACAAUCUAAGUAAAGCCUAUUAAAUGUUUAAAGGAUUUUCCAAGAGGCAUCGCUGGUGCUGUAAAGCAAACUGUUAUUUCUUGGCUGUUCUGUUAAAUCUGAUUGGUUAACUGCUGAUGAAGGUUAAUAUUGAGCCUCACAACAUUGUUUGACCCAUGUGAGCUGGGAAAUGACGCAGCACCAGAGGAACUGGCAGAAAUCGGACUGUUUUCGAUCACCGCUGACUAAUUUAAAGUUCUCCAGUGAAGCAGCAGGAACUCAAGUGAUGUUAUUUUGAAUUGGCGCUAAUGGUGGGAUCGCUAUCAGACAAGAGACUUAUCAUAACUUUUUACAUCAUAGUAUUAUCAUUGUUCAGCCCCACUGGAUCAGUGGAUAUGAAUAUGAAUCACAAAAACUAUAAUAUUCCUUCAGUUUUUAAGAGAUUCCGUGUAAAUGUGCGACGUUGUUUUGUGACAGUUUUGAUGAUAACAGUGAAUUUCUUCUUUACUGUACUAUAUUCAUUUAUCUUUAUGUCACUGAACACAUCACUGAAGGAUUUGUUUUCAUGUUGCAAUAUUUACAAGAACUUUAUUACUAUGAAUCACGACUUUAAAUCGUUGGGUAUUUCCUAUAUUGUGGUUUUAUAUUUAUUAUUCUACUCAAAUAAUGAGAAUGUGUUUAUGUUUAAUAAGCUUUGCAGAUAAAAUUAUUCAAAAAAAAGUG